AUGGGAAGUACCUUUGCAUGCCAGGGUUAGAAGAAGGAAAGAAAGAAAAAUGCUGAGUAUCUCUUUGUAAUUAGUAAAUUUAUUAAUAUAUGUAAUUUAUCGUUCUAUUAUGCAGUUGAUAAUUAUGAAUUGCAAAUGUUGUUUAUGAUUUACAGAGACUUGGCAGACCGUUCUUAAAAUCACUUAAUUUGUAGAGACACCUUCAACACUUAUUUUAAAAUAAUAGGAAUUUGGGGUGAAUAAAUAUUCAAUAAAUUUACUCACAAACAAGAGGAUUACAUGAGUUUCGAAGAAUUUCUUACAGGAUUGUAAAUGUAUAUAAAAUGUUCAGAAGAUCAGCAAAUUAAGAACUUAUUCAAAUUGUAUGAUUUAAAAAAUCAAAAUGGAAUUGCAAAAACUGAUUUUUUACAGAUGUUGCAUAAUUAUUCUAAAGAGGAAAUUAAAGUCAUUUUAAAUGAUCAAUUAUUUUUAGAAGAAUAACAAAUCAUAAACGCCUAUCAUAGAACAACAAAAGUAAAGCCUCGAAAAGGGAGCGAGGAUUUCCUCAAAAUGUCAUUAUAAAUGUUCAGAAAGUACAGUAACAUUUCAGAAAAUAGAGAGCCUAUUUAAAAUGACCAUUAAAAUCACUUAUAAAUGGAUGUCCUGCAAAGUCAAAAUUCUAGACAAUCAAUCGAUUAGAUAUUCACAUUAGACAGCAAAGCAUAAAUAGAUGGUAUACCUAUGAAAGGAUUUGGGAUCAACCUCACAUUUCAAGUGAAUGGGCAGAAGAUUGAAAUGCAAGCCAAUUUGAAUUUGUUAAUUAAAAAAUAUGUUGAAAUGGUUUAUAAGGCAAAGAAUGAUUAACCAAUUCAUUUGGAGGAUUUUACGAUCUUUGUCAGACAACAUCCGAAUUUAAUUACGCCUUUGUAUUGUGUAUUCAAUUUUGAUGUAUGGGGAAUGAACAAUAAUAUACCCAAAUAUAAGAGUUUACCUUUAGAUAUUCAAGGAGAAUUAUAUAGAAUUUCAUAGAAGAGCAAAAUAAAAACAAAGUUCUGUCAAUUAUAUCCGAAUAUCUUGAUGGAAUUUUAGAAGAAAAACGACGUUAAACCUACAAAAAUUAUUUGUUUGAGUGGAUUGAUAAUUGAAGAAAGAGUGGAUCAUGUUAAUCAGAAGUUUGGAUUUGAAAUCUUUCAUAUGAAUCCACAUUAUAAACACAAGGUUUAUCAUUGUUCUGAUGAAAUAUCAUUUAGAGAAUGGCAAAGAGCGUUGUCUCUCUAUUUUAAUGGAGAAGUCAAUAAGAAAUAUUCUAUUCUUGAUAAAAUAGGGGAGGGUAAAUACUCAAUAGUCUACAGAUGUCAAUCUAAAAUCGAUAAAAAGUUUUAUGCCUUAAAAGUAAUUAAUAAAAUGAAUCUUCCUCAAGAAGAGUAGGAUAUUGUGAAACAUGAAAUAAGCAUCACUAAAUUAUUAAAUCACUCUUGCAUUAUUAAUUUGAUUGAUUCGGUUGAGAAUAGAGAUCAGAUUCAUAUUAUUACAGAAAUAAUUGAAGAUGGAGAUCUGUUUGAUUAUGUUUAAAAUAAAUAAUACUUAGAUGAAAGUGAAGCAGCCAUCAUAUUUAAUUAAUUGCUUGAUGCUCUGUCCUACAUUCAUUCGAUUGGAAUAGUACACAGAGAUAUAAAACCAGAGAACAUUUUGAUGAUUUUGGAUAAAAACACUGUUAAACAAAUUAAAUUGAUUGACUUUGGUUUGGCUAAUCAUCUCUCAAAGAUCCAAAAAAAUAAUGAAUAUCAAAAUUAUCACUGUGGAACUUGUAAUUACUAAGCCCCUGAAAUGUUACAAUUUUAAGAAAUUACAUUUUCUGUUGAUGUUUUCGCACUUGGAGUGAUUUUAUAUUAUAUGUUAAGUGGUUACUUGCCAUUUGAUUCUGACAUACCAUUAGAAAUCAUACAGAACACUAUUGAUGGCAUAUACAACAUGGAUGAUUAUCAUUGGCAAUGCGUAAGCGAAGAAGCCAAAGAUCUAAUAGUGGCAUUAUUACACAAUUAACCUAGCAAGAGACUAACUGUAAAUGAAGCCAAGGAACACAUCUGGAUUAAAAAGCAAUUGGCUAAAAAUAAUAAAUGA